AUGCUUGAGAGCACCAACGAACUCAUCAUUCUUUUCAUACGACUCAUAGGAUCCGACGUCUCUAAUGAAACUGGGACUGAAUCAAUGCCCUGGAUCGCGUGGUUUUGCUCACUCGGAGGACACCAGUAUUUUGCUGAGGUUGCAGACGAGUUUGUAGAGGAUGACUUCAAUCUGACAGGACUGAACUCAAUCGUUCCUUUCUACAAGGAGGCACUGGAGAUGAUUCUGGACCUGGAGCCUGAGGAGGAUAGCACGAAGGUGCCGGAUGUAUCAAUCGUGGAGGCGUCGGCGGAACAGCUUUAUGGUCUUAUUCACCAACGCUUCAUUGUGACACGGCAGGGGCUACAACAGAUGGCUGAUAAAUACCAGGCUGGACAUUUUGGAAGCUGCCCUCGAACCUACUGCCAGUCAACAAAUGUAGUGCCAUGUGGACGAUACGAUCUUCCCGGUGUGGAAACUGUAAAGCUGUACUGUCCCAAUUGCCAGGAUAUCUAUUCACCGCCCAGCUCAAGAUAUCAUAACCUCGAUGGCGCAUAUUUCGGAACGACGUUCGCCCACAUGCUGUUCCAUAUCUACCCAGAGCUCCAGCCGAAUGUCCUCAACAAGAUCUACACGCCAGCAAUCUAUGGAUUCAAGAUUUCAGAGUAUAGUCGCUGUGGACCACGCAUGCAAUGGCUCAGAAACAAGCAGGACCCCAACUUGUUGGAUGCGAAUGGAAGGCUGAUCAAGGACGCAAACGACCAUGACGAAGACGACUCAAAGUAG